UGAUCAUAAGCGAAUUCGCUGAAACGUAAGGCUACAACCAGAUGGUGUGCGGACGUCAGGACAUCGAUUGCCUUCCUGUGUUGUCAAACACGAAAAGGUGAAGGUCACAAAACUUUAACACCAUGGCUGCCCUCAAAGUGGCAAAAAGCUUUCAGCAAUUUCUUCAGCCAAAAUAUCACCCCCUUGUGAUUCAAACUGCCACAGUUGUUAACUUGUUUGAUGUUGACAAAAAGAGUGGUUACAGCAAUGAUUUGAAAGAAAAUAAAAAGAAGCAUUUAAUUGACACAAUUAAGUCCUUCCCAGAUGAAUUAAAGCUAUAUAAAGAGGAAUGGAAAGAUCACUUAAGGUUUCGUCACUACGACAGGUGGAAUCUUGACCACGGUACGUACGAUUACUUGUGGAAGUUUGGUGGACAGCAGAGUAUUGCUGACUGGACAUUAACAACAGACAGGGAUAAUCUAGAGGGACAGAGUACAGCUAACCUGACUGUCAGUAAGGCAAAUAAUGCUUUGUUUCACGGAUACCUUUCACAGGAAGUACCCAAGGACGGUAUCUCAAAGAGUGCUGGCUAUUGCAACAUGAGGUCUCCUUCUAAAUAUAUAUCAUUCAAGAGAAAACGAGCUAUCGAAGAUAUAGGAAUAUACAGUCACCUAGUGUUGCGUGUACGAGGGGACGGAAGACCAUACUAUAUCAACCUUCAUAUGAAACGGACAUUUGAUAUAAUGUGGUCUGACCAGUUCAACUACACAUUAUAUACUAGAGGAGGACCCUACUGGCAGAUAGCUAAGAUUCCAUUCUCCAAAUUUUACUUCACCCAUAAAGGCCGUAACCAGGAUCACCAGUAUCCCCCCGACCUUCACAACAUAGAAAACAUCGGAAUCACCAUGGCUGACAGUGUGGAAGGGCCAUUCCAGCUGGAGAUAGACUAUAUAGCUGUUUUAAAUGAUGCAAAUCACCAAGAGGAAACUGCUUAUGAGCAAUACCCUGAUACCUUCUGAAUUUAUUUUGAUGUUUUAACAAUGUCGGGGCAUCCAGUAGACCCUUCAGAGUAUGUUUUUGACUCCGAAAAUGAGAUUUGAAUCUUGUGAUUGAACAGACAUGUCUAAAUGACAUAUGUUUCAACCCUUCAGAAUUCUGAGAAAUUGUGAUUCGACUUCUAAAAUUGCUAAAAAUCUGCAUGUAGUUUGAUAAUGUCUAGGUCACGGAUGGAACUGUUUCUGCUGGCAUCAAAGUUUUAGAAGAUGUACAAGUGGUGGUGACCUAUAAACUUUGUGAUCAUUAAAUGCCAAUUACAUAUAUGUGAAAUCAAUUUAUAACGUGAUUGAUGUGUUAUGUAGUGGAAUAAACCAUUA